AUGGCUCAGAACGACGAGCGUGCCACUGAUGGCAAACCGGUCAACUUUGGCCUGGUACUCUUCCCGGCCUUCCAGUCUCUCGACGUCUUCGGGCCCCUGGACGCUCUCAACAUGCUAUCUGGGUCAUACAAAAUGAACCUCUACAUCAUUGCAGAUACAUUGGACCCCGUGCCAACAAGGGUCAAGGACCCUAACCACAUCUCAAACUUCUGCGAGAGCAUCGUCCCAACACACACAUUCCAGACCGCUCCGCCCCUUGACGUGCUCAUCGUCCCCGGCGGGCAAGGGACCCGGAACCCGGGCAUCAGCACCGCAAUCGACUUUGUCAAGGAGCGCUUCGACUCGCUGCAGUAUCUACUGACCGUCUGCACCGGUGCCGGGGUUGCUGCCCGAGCGGGCGUGCUGGAUGGUAGGAGAGCGACGACGAACAAGCUCUCGUGGGACCAGACGGUUGCACUGCGGCCGCAGGUCGACUGGGUUCACAAGGCGCGGUGGGUGCAGGACGGGAAUGUCUGGACGUCUUCAGGUAUCAGUGCUGGCAUCGAUUUGGCGUUUGCAUGGAUCGGGGCCGUGUAUGGGAAGGAUGUUGCGAAGAAUAUCGCCAACAGAAUGGAGUAUACGCCUGUUGAGGAUCCAAGCUGGGAUCCGUUUGCCGACUUGUGGGGGUCAUCAAAGUAA